AUGCGCGUUCUGAGUCUGUUGACUCAGAAUUCUAGUCUUUUACCGGUUAGCCGAGUGGUUAGUAUCGGACGAUUCACUCCUGAAGCGCACCAGGAGUGGAUCGUGACAAUGGCGUUUAUCUUUGUGGUAUCGUUUGUUGAACUGACUGAGCAGUUUUACUACGCGCUAGACCAACUGACAGCAUCUUCCAAAAGAAACCUGGAAGAGAUGGUUUCCAGGAAAUCCCGUUCCCUGGUCCUGUACUUCACCUUGACGCAGUCAGCUCUCUCCAUCGCGGUCGCUCCUCUGGCAAUCGACACGAACCACAACCUCAGCGAUCCUGGCGUGGACAUGAUCAAUGCCAAAUAG